UCUUUCUGGGAAUCACUGCGCUGGUGUAAAGUUACAGCAGAAGAGAAAGACAAAGCACAGUUGAAGACGGGAUUCUGCUUCAGGUAAGACAGUCCAUUUGAUACUCUGAAACUGAAAUGUCGACUGUCAGAACCAUGAAUCCUUCAACGAUUGUCAUCCAGCUUCAGCCACCGACACAAACAGCAACUGUGACCAGUUCUUCUGUGCCUGUGCGCAUACAGCGUGUAGCAGGAGUUUCACCUCGUCAAGGAAAUCAGGCCUUUCUUAAAGGCCAACCGAAAGCCCUCGGGACUGUCCAGAUAAUGAUCGGUGUGGUGACUCUCCUGUUGGAAAUCGUGUGUACAAGUUAUGGAUAUUAUCUCUUCCUCUUCACUGGUGCUUCUUACUGGGGAUCUCUGAUUUACAUUAUUGCAGGCUCGCUCUCCAUUGCUGCUGAAAACAAAAUUAAUUCACCAACCGGUUUAUGUUUGGUGAGAGCUUCCCUCGGGAUGAACAUUUUCAGUGCUAUAGCUGCGGGCAUUUCCAUUAUUGUGCUUCCAAUUGGUUUGGCUUUUGGACCAUUUUAUUCCUAUAGUUAUACGAGUCUCCUCUCAGGAAUCAGUUGUGUGUUGCUGGUGUUCGCCAUCCUUGAGUUCUGCAUCUCCAUCUGCCUAUUUGCGUUUGCCUGUAAAGUCACCUGCUGCUGUAAACCUAAGAUUCCUGUGAGCAGCAACCCUUUAAUUCAACACCCUCCUGCAGAAAUGCCUCCACAGUACAUUCAAUGUCCUCAAGAAGUCCCCGAACCAUGCUUUCAGCAUCCUCCUGCAGAAUCUCCCCCAGCGUACACUGAAGGCGAAUAAAUGUGAAUCAACAUGAACAAACGAGGCAGCAAAUUGGUUCUGCUGCUUUGAUGCUGUGAACAUUCAUUGAUGCCUUGUGUAUCUGAUCUGAAUAAUGCGCAUCAUCAGAUUAUGUGUCAAAUGAUUAUUAUAGUCAUCAACUGUGUAUUUUACAUGAGUAUUUUUGUCUGUUUUGCUACUACCUAUAUGUAUUAGUUACCUAAUUGUCAUUUCUUUUUAUACUGAUAAAUUGGAUUUGUUUCAUCGAUA